AAUUUACCCUUUCCACAGAUGAAACACCAAGAAAAGCCACCAGAAGAAAAUCUAACUAAUUUAAUGGAGUUUGUUCUCUUGGACUUUGCUAAUGUUCCCUAUCUUCAGGGGUUUCUAUUUGGAGUGUUUUUAGCCAUAUAUAUCUUUAUGCUGAUGGGCAAUGGCAUCGUAUUUUUAAUAACAAAACUGGACCCUGGUCUUCAGACACCCAUGUACUAUUUCCUUGGCAAUUUUUCCUUUUUGGAAAUCUGCUAUGUACCAGUUACUCUCCCCAGAAUGCUUAGGAAUCUUUGCACCCAGAGAAGAACAAUUUCUUUAGUUCCCUGUGCUACACAAAUGUGCUGUGGUCUUGUGCUUGGAGCUACUGAGUGUUUCCUUCUGGUCAUGAUGGCCUGUGACUGCUAUGUGGCCAUUUGUAACCCUCUGCACUAUCCUCUUGUCAUAAGCUACAAGGUCUGUGCCCAGCUAGUGGCUGGCUCCUGGAUCAGUGGAAUUCCACUCCGAAUAGGGCAGACAUGCCAGAUUUUUUCUCUGCCCUUUUGUGGUUCUAACCUUAUCAAUCACUUCUUCUGUGACAUACCUCCAAUACUCAAGCUGGCCUGUGGGGAUAUCUUUGUAAAUGAAAUGACGGUCUACAUAGCUGCUGUGUUACUUAUCAUGGUUCCAUUUCUGUUGAUACUUGUCUCCUAUGGCAAAAUCAUUUCCACAAUCCUUAAAUUGCCAUCAGCCACAAGUCGGGCCAAAGCUUUCUCCACCUGUUCAUCUCAUCUUAUGGUCGUGGUGUUGUUCUUCGGAUCUAGCAUUAUUACCUAUUUAAAACCCAAGGCUAGUCACUCAGCAGGAACUGACAAAGUGCUUUCUCUUUUCUACACUAUUGUGACUCCCAUGUUUAACCCCAUGAUAUACAGCCUAAGGAACAAGGAAGUCAUUAUAGCACUGAGAAAAUUUCUAUGUAAAUAG